CUUUACCAAGAGCCUUUCGUUCUAACACUCAAAACGCAUGCUGUGAGGUUCUGUGUCAAUUCGAAUGACACAAUCAAAGAGAUCUCGAUCGGAGAUGACGACCGGAGAUGAGGGAGAGUUACCUGAAAGAAAUCAUAAACGAGCAGCGACUGUUUACGAUGCCGUAGCAGGACGGGUAUCUCAAUGGGGGUUUAUCGGGUCCGAAAGGCCUUCUUCUAUGCUGCAACCUCUCAGACCAGACGAAGUUCUAUACAGGGCCAGCAAUGCCCCAACACGUUAUGAGGAGACCGACCAUUAUUUUGCACAUACUAAACUCCGCCCGGAUCAGAAACUUCCCAGUAGUGAGCUUCUCACUGCGUUGCAUGCCUAUUUCUCGGAGUACUAUGAGAGAAGUGAGGAGCAAUUCAACCAGAAAAUAUGGAACAGUAUGGACGAGACCGCACUUAUUGCACUAGGCAUUUUGAUGGAAGAGACGGCAAGGGAGGUUCUUGGGGAGACUGGCGAUCUAGCAUUUCUUGAGGCGGCGGGCGCUGAAGAUGAAUUGUAUGAAGAGGCCGAGGAGAAGAGGACGGCCAAGCAAGAGUCUCAAUCGCGGCAGGUGUCGUCAACCCGUGAGACAUUGUCAAGGGUUGAAGCAGAAGACGAUAGCAUCUCAUCCAACUUUGCAUCACCGAGUUUAUCGGGCGACUCAGAUUUGGAUUGAAUGUGAAAUGCGGAUUGCAAACGACAGACCUGUCUAAGCGCGCUGGCCGUAGAUCUCGUUGACAGAUCUACUUGGAGAUCCCAGAGCACAUGAAUCGAUCAUGAAGUGCUAGUUAAGGUAGGUAGGUACUUGGGUAUCAUUUGUAAGGGCAUGACUUUGCUUGGCAUGG